ACUCAAUACUUUCCCCUGGCAGGAGCUACCAAGCCACUAAAAUGAGUAAAAGGAAGAAGGGACAAAUUCCAGAAGAGAACAAGGAACAUGGCCUAUCCAAAGCAAACAAGUGCCUUAGGAGGAAGCUUACAGAAGGGAAUGAUCCAGAAAUGCCAGUACAGAAUUUUCAUUCGGACAAUUCUUCCACAAAAGUAAUUGUAUCAGGAACAAUUCAAGAAUGUCAAAGAAAUAGCCUAGCAAACAUGAACACAGAAAAUUUGGCAACAGACCUGGAUACAAGCAAGGCUUCAUUUGAGAGGAAAGAGCAAGAUAAUAUGAAGGUUUUUGUACCUCUGUCUCAGGGAGGAAAGCUGGUACCAAAGUUUACGAAGCCAAGAAAAACAUUGGCUGAAAAACAUGGAAAUAUUGGAGGAGCUGUAACAACUGGGACAGAAAACGUACAACAAGCCCUUCCUUCUUAUCUAUAUAACGGUGAUUGUAUGGAUAGAAAUAUUACCAGCACAGCAAAAAGUUAUGUCGAGAACACUGUUGCUUCUUCAGAGACACCAGAAGCAGCGGAUUCAUUGGUGACAAAAGUGAAGGAUGCUGGAGAUCAAGUGAUCAUUCAUUGUGAAGAAUUAAGUAAAAGUCUGGAUGUUAAAAUGCAAGAUGAGGACAAGAUUGGAAGGAUAAACAAUGGUGGUGCAAACUCAGGCUUAGCUGAUUCAUGUCAAGGAACAGGGACAGCAUCCAAUUUACAAGAAAGUAUCUGUGAAAAGGAAGUGUCAGGUAAUAAGGAUGUAGAUGGUCUGUCUCUAGAGCCAUUUAAAUGCCAAUUCAUUAAGGAGAUGAGCAUUAGUAUGUUGGCAGAGGACAGUGUCACUGACCAUAUUAAAAGUACCCCACAUGAAGAGCAUCUUGAUACUUCAAACAAGAGUAUGGAUAAAAAUAAAGCUUUCCAUGAUAUCACAAAUUCAGAUGAUGUAAAAGAAGCAAACUGGACCAAAAAUAGAAGUUGUAAAGAUGCAAGUCUUAUUGAGUGCAUGUUCAGCCAAACCCAAAAGGAGAACAACAGAACAUAUUUCCCACUGGAGACAGGUCUAUCAUUUCUCACACCUGGAGAACAGGGCAAACAUCUAAAUACAAGCAAUGUAUCUAGAGACGGAGAUACUGAUGUCAAAAAAGCAGACCAGGACCUUCCAUAUAGAAGGGGGGAAACUGAAGAGCAAAAUCUCAUUUGCAGCAGUACUGAAAUUUCAGAACAAGUCACUUUGUGCAGCUCUGCAAUGAGUGAAAAGGGGACAGACAAGCUGAACCUGUGGUCAAGUGGCAAACCUGUAGAGCAAAAUGGUAUGAGUAAAACUGCAAGCCAAAGCAACCCUUGUAUGGAAGAGAUCAUAGUUGCAGAGGAAAACAGUGUACAAGGCCAGAAUACUUCCAGGAAAGAUGUUCUAGAUAUUCAAUCUAUGAGUACUUAUUUGGAAAAGAAAGCAGAUAUUUCUGAAUCAAAAUGUGAACAGGUUUUUGAAACAAGUGAUAUGUUCUUGCCACAGCCUGAUGGGGAUGUUGACCCUGAGAGCAGCACAAUCUCAGUGCAAGCAGUGAUUUGUAGCGAAGAGACGGGGAGGAAUAAAAAAGAAUCUGAAAUGAAAGCAAGGCCAGCAAAAAGCCCCACUGGCUUACCUGACCCAGAAGUUCCAGUUUUACAGGAAAAUGCAAAAUUUGACUGA